UGAAACCCAAGUGUUCUGGUGCCCCAGCUAGACCCCUGGAAAUUGCCCCGGAGUCUCCCCCGUUUCAGCUAGUCAGCAGCAGUCCUGAGGACCCGCUCUCUAGUGACUUCUUCUGACUUGAGCCUACGGUGUGCUUUGAGAAAUCUGCCACCAGAUUAUCUUGGCUUGGUCUCUGGGAACCACCCACUAGUGACUGUCAAAAAUUGCAGGACCACGGAGCUGCUGGUGAUAAAAUCUGUCGUGAUCCUGUGGAAGGCUGUGCAAUCCGAGGUGCUGUCUGACUGCUUAUUCUGAAUUCUCGCUGCCAGGAUGGGGAAACAGAACAGCAAGCUUCGCCCAGAGGUCAUGCAGGAUUUGCUGGAAAGCACAGACUUUACAGAGCACGAGAUCCAGGAAUGGUAUAAAGGCUUCUUGAGAGACUGCCCCAGUGGACACUUGUCAAUGGAAGAGUUUAAGAAAAUUUACGGGAACUUUUUCCCUUAUGGGGAUGCUUCCAAAUUUGCAGAGCAUGUCUUCCGCACCUUUGAUGCCAAUGGAGAUGGGACGAUAGACUUUAGAGAAUUCAUCAUAGCCCUGAGUGUGACCUCGAGGGGGAAGCUGGAACAGAAGCUGAAAUGGGCCUUCAGCAUGUAUGACCUGGACGGAAAUGGCUACAUCAGCAAGGCAGAAAUGCUAGAGAUUGUGCAGGCGAUCUAUAAGAUGGUUUCCUCCGUAAUGAAAAUGCCUGAAGACGAGUCAACCCCAGAGAAAAGGACAGAAAAGAUCUUCCGCCAGAUGGACACCAACAGAGAUGGAAAACUGUCCCUGGAGGAAUUCAUCCGAGGGGCCAAGAGCGACCCGUCCAUAGUGCGCCUCCUGCAGUGUGACCCCAGCAGUGCCGGCCAGUUCUGAGCCCCGCGCCCUACGGAUCGUAGAGCUGCUUGUGUUCCCUUUCGAUCUUCCUUUUUAACAAGUUUAUCUUUUUUUUUUUUUUUUUUUUUUUUUUUUUUUUUUUUGCCAAACAAUGUUGAUGGUGAUGCUGCCCCCCGUGAGGUCAGAUGCACCUUCCUCCGUGACGCCUUCAGCUUCCUUUGUUGUGGGAAUGCCCGGAGCCCCAACCGCUUGUGGCCGAGCAUGGACAAUGCUGUCUUGCACAGACUUUGUGGUGUUCGUUGUUCUAUGAUUUCUCCAUCGCUGUUAUUAUUGUCAUUUUUCUUCCGAUUCCAAUGUCUCUGUUCUGAAACCGAAGACUCGGGGAGGCAAGAGAAGGGAAAACAAUUCGGUCCAGUGAUUCAAUCGCAAGCUUCCAGGGGCUUGUUGGAAAAACAAAACUCCCCACCCGGGUCUGGAGUCGCGCGUGCCCUCGGGGUGAUGGUGCCAUGUGCUGGGUUCCGCAAGGACAAGGAACCCUCCGGGGCCAGGCUAUAGAAGGGACGUGGAGGCGUCCACUCCACCCUCUUCCCCAGCAGGCUGUUGUAGUGUCUAAGCUGUGAACGUGUCAAGGUAAAUUCGUAGAGAAGAGGAAAAUGAUGGCUCAGCUGUUUUCUCACGGCGUUUACACUAGCUGAGCUAAGAUGAGUUUCUUUGGAAAUUAAACACAAAUGGUAACUUAUAUAACAAAACCAGACCCAUCUUGUUGCCUAUUGUGAUUAAGACAAAAGACUGCUGUACAUAAACUAUUGGGUAUUGCAGACCAAAUUAAGUGUUUUGCCUUGUUUAAAUGAAAUGCAUGUUUAGUGAGCACUAAUACAAUCUUAUUACAGAAGACUGUUUUUAGUAGCUUAAUGUGAAGUAAGCCAACUAUAAUGAAUGUCUAUGUCUUGUUUUAAAGUCAUAUCUGUCUUUGCACAAAUGCACCAAUCAACAGGUAUAUUUUAUAUAUUCCAGAGAAGUACAAAGUCACCAUGACUAGGGCCCAACCUUAAUUUCGAAUGCAUUUCCAGAGUGGUUGUGCCUGGAGAAUAGACUAGGGCAGGUUUAAGUGGGACACGUCCUUGGGAGCCACCAGAAGGUUAAUAUUUGUGAGAGAUGUGAGGUGAUGGUUAGCUCGCUCAGCCCAGCAGCUCAGUGGUAUUAGAUUGGAAGUGUGGUGCUCUUCUGAAUAGAUCAAUAUUCCUUAGACCUGAAAAAAAUAUAUAUACCAUAAAUUCUUGGGACUUCCCAGUGGUUUAAGCCACAUGUAUGAUUAGGGAGCUGUAUCUGGAAUACUGACCUUUUCAUGCCCCCAGUGGCCCUUCAAACAAUCAGAGGUCGGGCAGCCGGCUGACUUAUCAUGAAGAAGGCACGGGCCAGUGCGUCUGUGAUUUCCAGGGCCUGCUGUGGGGAAUCCCGAAGUAUUUUCCAUCACCAUGUUCUUUCAGUGCAGAUUUCUAUUUUGAGAGGUGACAGUGCAAAUUUGCGCGCUGUUCGGUCUGGCGAUCUCACGCACGCCAAUUGGAAUUGAAAGUUAAGAGUAAAAAUUGCCGAUCACAGGUAAGUCCGUCACGUUUUCCCAAGCAGUAGGCAUGGGGAAGUCCAAGCCCUCAAGGAUGUACAUUGUAGACCCUGCCCCAGGAGGAGGCCGAGAGGUCCUUAGUGGGUCUGUCUGCACUGAAGCUACUUCCUGAAGAUCAUGACCCACAGAAAGACAGAAAUAACCAUGAGGGAGAUGAUGUUGAGUCCAUUCUAACUCUAGAUUCCUCUGUGUUACUUGAGUCCAUUUUACCUGGUAGCAAAAAUCUGAAUUUGUACGGUUGGCCAAAAUGAACCAACUUUGCAGAAUGAAAUUUGGAGGCCUAGACGUGGUAAAAUCACCUUUAUCUUCCUCUAAGUGUCAGCUCCUCCCAGUUGGUCAGCCCUGAGACUUGCCAAAUUCCUCCUUGGGCCGAGUGGUAAGAUCUGGGUCUGAAAACCAGGGGAUUACCCUAAGAGGCAGAGGGCGGAGGGGGUGAGGGACCUAGCACCUCUGCUGGUCGUGUUCAGGAGGUGCAUCGUUCCCCCACGCGGGGGCUGGGGGGGAAAGCCCUUCCUGCUCUGGACUGAAGACCAAAUUCCUCCCUUUCAGUUCUCCAAAGAGGGUGGGGAGUCAGUUAAUAUUUGGGCAAGUCCGCCUGGGCUCUGCCUUCGGUCAGGACAUCUUGUUGAGCCAGACUCAUCCAGUUCCCUAGAACUGAGAGCUGUAGUGAGAAGGAGGGGAGAGGGGCUCCAGCUGCUUAGGAGAGAAAACAGAGCCAGAUGCAUGGCUGACGAACACCGACAUGCCUGACGAACACCGACAUGCCUGAGAUGCACAGAAAUAGUCUUCGUCCUGGCCUGCCAUUGACCCUGUCUGUAUUUUCUCGAUGGUUGUUUUUCUCUUCUAUUCCUUCCCAGGAAGGGCUUUGUAUGUCCAAUGCAAUGCACUUAAAUUUGGCCAAGGGACUCUGCAGCACCCGGAAGGUUGAAUGCCUAAAAGUUUAUGUCACUUCUUUGCUGGGCUGUUUAUUGUCAUUACUGUGUUGAGGGACCUCUGGAAAUGGUCUGUUCUGUCUAAAAUCAAGGCAGUCUGUGAUUUCAAGGGACUGGAAUAAAGUGGCUUAUGACUUGAAGGAUGA